AUGAUGAAACCGGCACCGAGAAUGGAAGCACUGAUCAACGACCAUCAGAGCCAAGAUCUAGAUGUUCUUCUGAUCCAGGAGUCAUAUAUUACGACCUAUCGACGCCGCCCAACGAGACCCGAACAGGAGCUAGUGGCAACAUGGGAGGCGCUCAGUCAAUCCAGGAGGGAGUUGGAGGAAAUAGUCUGGCUAACCGAGCUUCUUCGUGAGGUAUAUCGGCGAAUGGGGUCCAUGAUGGUCUACCCAUUCAAAGAGCAUGGUAUCAAGCAUGGUUAUGAGGAGGCCGAGUCGUUUGAUUUCAUGUUUGAGUCGGUGAUGAAGCGGCUGGAGGUGGAGGAGUCGGGGGAGCCUCCCAAGCGCGACGAUAAAUCCGGAGACCUCACCGGAAACCGUGUCUCUGGACCUGCAGAGCUGAGUAGUGGGAGUGGUCAGAGAAACCUUAACGACGCUUUCGAUCACUUCAUCGUGAAGCUCGAUGUCCCCGGAUACGGUACUCUCGUAUUGCACUACACUCACUCACGCUCUUCCAGCAGUAAAGCAAUCCAACUCUUGUUCUCCCACAGUUGGUCAGGCCCAUUCGUGGAGGCACUUCGAGUUGUCGAGCCACUAAGCGAACCGAAAGAUGCCAAUGACCCAUCUUUCCAUGUCGUGGCCCCCUCGAUUCCCGGGUUUGGCUUCUCCCCAACGCCAACCAAAUCCGGCACCGGACCGAAUGUGGUCGCCCGCGCCUACAAGACCCUGAUGACAGAGGUGCUGGGAGCUCAACAUCUAAACAUGUUCCCAGUGCCUCCGCCGACUCUCUUCUCAGCUCCCGCCACUUACAUCCGCCGGUGUUUCCCCGCGAUUGCAUACUCGUCGUUUGAGCACAAGGCCCGCAACUGGGCCGAUGUGCACGAUGCGUUCAGUGAUGAUGACAUUAUCACGUUGGUUAUGAUAUACUGGAUACAGGGGGCGACUCCUGCUCUGCGCUUCUACCAGGAGGCAUUCGGCCGUGGCGUGCAUGAAGCUGAAAAGACGUUCGAGACGUACGUUUCUGAUCCCACUGGUGUGAGCAUGUAUGCAAAGGAACAACUCCAUUGCCCACGGGAUUGGGCCAAUCAGGCUACCAACAUUCAAUUUUGGCGGGAAUACGAGAAGGGUGGUCAUUUCUCCUCUUUGGGGGGCCCAGAUAUUUCUGUGAAAAAUGUUCGAGAGAUUUUCUCGUCCAAGGUUGUCCUCAAUUCGUGGGCUCGCGCAUGA